GCAUUUCAGGGAUCUAUAUAAGAUAACUAAUGGUUUGUGCCACACCAAGAUACAGUAAUCUAAAAAAGAAGUCAUCAUCUUCAUUUAUCUUUUCUAUAUCAAUUAGUUCUAUUGUUUCGAAUCUUAAACAUGACACACUACAUGUUCAUGCUAGCUUUUGCCCUUGCUUUCCUCGGAUCCUUGGUCGAUGCUGCAAUCGUCGAACGCACUUUCCAUGUCGGAAACAUGACAAUAACCAAGCUAUGUCAAACCAGAGUUAUCACAGCCGUAAACCAACAAAUGCCAGGUCCCACACUAGAGGUUAGUGAGGGUGAUAAAGUGAUAAUUCAUGUCCUCAACCACUCACCCUACAACAUGACAAUCCACUGGCAUGGGGUUUUUCAGAAACUAAGCGGAUGGGCCGAUGGGCCCAACAUGAUAACCCAAUGCCCGAUACAACCUGGAAACAAAUACACAUAUAAGUUCAACAUUAUAGGUCAAGAGGGCACACUCUGGUGGCAUGCCCAUGUCUCCUUCCACCGAGCCACCGUCUAUGGAGUGCUCAUCAUCCUGCCAAGAGAAGGCCCUCAUACUUACCCUUUCCCCAAGCCCCACCAUGAAGUCCCAAUCUUACUAGGUGAGUGGUGGAAUGCUAAUGUGGUCGAUUUGGCUGAUGAGGCUUACGUGAAAGGUGGCGCUCCAAACAAAUCUGAUGUGUUCACUAUUAAUGGAAAACCUGGUGACUUCUACAAUUGCUCAGAAAAAGACAUGUACAAGUUGAAAGUAGAGUAUGGAAAGAAAUACAUGUUCCGGAUCAUCAACGCUGCCCUCAAUAGCGAACUCUUCUUCAAGGUAGCCGGUCACAACUUCACUGUGAUGGCUGUGGAUGCGAGCUACACAAACCCUUACAAGACCGAUGUCAUCGUGAUCGCGCCUGGACAGACAGUUGACGCCCUAAUGGCAGCCGAUGCCGCUCCAGACAAAUACUACAUGGCGGCUCUCCGGUAUGAAGCGAGUGGUGGCGUCUCCUUCGACAACACCACCACAAGAGGCAUUGUCGAGUACUACAACACCUCACCAACUUCGCAGCCGGUGAUGCCCACCAUGCCGGCCUACAAGGACACCCUUACCGCAAACAGGUUCUACACCAACUUAACCGGCCUUCUCAGACCGGGCAAACCCACUGUUCCUCUCACUGUUAACCACCGCAUGUUCGUCACCUUUGGGUUCGGACGUGUAAAAUGCGAGUCGGACCAAUUACUGUGCAAUCAGACCACAGGAGCGCUCGCCGCGAGCAUGAACAACGUCUCUUUCCAAUUCCCUUCUAGCGCCUCGCUACUUGCGGCGCACUACAAAAAUUUGAAGGGAAUUUAUAUGCGGGGUUUUCCGGAUAAGCCCCCAGUAUUCUUCGAUUUCACGAACGAAUCCAUGAACACUGACCCCGCUUUGACACCGUUAGUGCACACAUUGAAAGGGACCAAGGUGACGAAGGUGAAGUACAACUCAACUGUUGAGAUGGUGCUGCAGAACACAGCGAUUGUGGUAGCAGAGAACCACCCGCUGCACCUUCACGGAUUCAAUUUCUACGUGCUGGCACAGGGUUUGGGGAACUACAACAAAUCAGAAGCGGUGGAGAAGUACAACUUGGUGGAUCCGCAGAUGCGGAACACCAUCGCCGUGCCGGGCGGCGGAUGGGCAGUGAUCCGAUUCAAGGCUAAUAAUCCCGGGGUUUGGAUCAUGCAUUGCCACCUCGACGCCCACUUGCAGUUUGGGUUGGCCACGGCUUUCGAGGUGGAGAACGGUCCCACGCCCGACACCAUCCUCCCUCCGCCGCCGCCAGAUUACCCCAAGUGCUAGCGUGUUUAGAAUUUUACCAGGUUAAAGAAUGAAAACCCACUUUAACUACUCUAUGCUUGUAUUAUUGGUUGGGAUUCCACUAUUUGUUGAUAUGUGUUGUAACAUAUAUCUCUUAGUAAUUUCUUGAAAGAAUGGAUAUGCAAAUUUACUGGCUGCAGACAAUAACAUGUAUAAAUAAAAAUACCUGGAUAUACAAGGAGUCUGUCAGAUGGUUCAGGCUUGUUUCUACCAUGUCAUUCCUUAAGGCAUAGCUCAAUCAGAGCCAUUCAUUUUCUCUUAAUUAAUUAAUUAUAAACUAGAAUUGAAUAGGGUGGAGUUUCUUAUUGGAAAUAAUUUGUCAUAUAUUAAAAGCUAAAUCUGGAAUAAAUGUAGCAUACGAAACUUACUAAAUGCUUUGACUUAAUCAGUAACUCUGCUGACAGUAUAAGAGAAAGUAGUCAAAGUUACAUAUAGAUAUUCAUAAAUAAUUUAGAGGUACACAUUGUUACGGGACAUAAAUUAAUCACCAGGUCUUCUAUCAUCGUAGAAAAGUAGGAUUUAUAAUAUAUUUUACGUUCUUCUUUAGUUAAUUUUGUACAAGUAGAAAGAGUAAUAAGACUAACAAUUUUUUUAAAAAAAAGAAGAAUAGUGUUGGAAAUAAUUGUUUAUGAUGUAAUCGCGACCAAACACAUGUUAGAUCAGGAUCUCGCACAAACCUCUACUGCAGCUAUGCAUACCUUUAAAUAAGCAUGAUAUAUUUCCACAAACAAAUGGGGGUUAGAAGAAUAGCAGCAUUGUGCAUAUCCUGUCUGACAUUCUCUUUGACAUGCCAAGGUUUUUGCUGCUAACUGUUGUGCUUGCUCUCGUGGCAUUGGUGGCUAACGUGCCAUCGUCAAGCACAAGUUCCAUGUAAAUCACUUUUAUACACUCAUUGAUUUCAUUUUUGAGCUAUAUUUUCUAAUUUUGUCUCAGUUCAUUAUAUCUUUGAGAGUAAAAUCACAUUAUACAUUUUCACUAAGAUUAUUGUUCUUUCUACCAGAGUUCCAUGGUUUCAUGUACAUCCUACAAAUGCUCACUCCUUAUACCAUACACAAUGUAACUCAGGGGAUCCCAUCAACUAAUUCAAAAAUGUUCUAUACCAAUCCAAAUUAGAACUUCGAAACUCGAUUCAAAUUCAAUUCGAUCUAAGAACUUAAGCAUGUGGCUCAUAUCUAGUAUACAACAAAUAUCAAUCCUCCCUUCAAUUAUUAUUUCAUGGCACUAAACCUAUCUAGUAUACGUAAAUGCAGGCACGGGAUAUUCCAGCGCUUACUACGUAGUAGGUCAAGAGGGUUGCUCCAUGGUGGUAUGCCCAUGUCUCCGUCGUCCGAGCCACCGCCUCUGUGGCGCACUCAUCCUACCUCUUCCCUAAACCCUACCAUGGAGUCACAACUCUACUAGGUACUAAACCUUGAUCAGACCCUCUCUUUACUAAGAAAUUCGAACAAAUAUUUGAUGUAAAUGCAGAAACCUACGAGCUCGAAGUAAUGUAGAAGC